AUGCUUCACCGUACCAAAUACAACCGCUUCAGGAAUGAGUCAGUAACAUCCGUCGAUGAGCUUCUCCACGGCCUGUCCAUGAACCCCAAGGUCUCGGCCACCCCCCAGUCUGCUGCCGAGACAUCUUACACACCCCCGACUGAGGUCCAGCCCUCCUCCACCACCAGUGCUUCCAGCACCCCCACCAGCCACGGCUCUGACCACCUGGAAGAUGGAGGCACCACCCUCUGUACCCUCAUCAACAAGGUGUCCAGCCUGAAAUUCAGCAACUCAGGCAGCUUGCUGGGCAUCAAGGGUCUGCCCUCAGCUGUCAAAGACCUGGCUGUGUCUAAGCUGCAGGGGGGUGGGGGAUCGGGUUCAGGCAGCUCCAGUGGCUCGAGCCCCAGUGCAGCGACGGCAACAGCAGCAGCCUCUGGUGUGGGCGGCUCUCUGUGCAGCUCGGCCUCCCAUUCAACCCCCUGCUCACAGCUGGAGCCAGCCGUCAGCAUGAGCAAGAAGAGUAGGCUGGACGAGCUCCAGCCUGGUGGAGAGGACUGGAAUCCAGGUGGAGGUGGUGGACUAGUUAGCAAACCCUCCAGAGGAUGGCUACACUCAAGCGAGAAGAUCUCCGGUCCAGGAGUGACAUAUAUUGUAAAGUACCUGGGUUGUAUAGAAGUGCUACGGUCAAUGAGAUCUCUGGAUUUCACCACAAGAUCACAGAUAACAAGGGAAGCCAUCAGUCUGGUUUGUGAGGCUGUUCCAGGGACCAAAGGGGCUCUGCGGAAGAGAAAGCCACCGUCCAAAGCUCUGUCCAGUAUCCUGGGAAAGAGCAACCUGCAGUUUGCUGGCAUGUCCAUCAAUCUAAAUAUCUCUACCAGUAGCCUCAACCUGAUGACACCAGACUGCAAACAGAUCAUAGCCAACCAUCAUAUGCAGUCUAUCUCCUUUGCAUCAGGUGGAGACCCUGACACGACAGAUUACGUUGCCUAUGUAGCAAAAGAUCCUGUUAACAGAAGAGCAUGCCACAUCCUGGAGUGCUCUGAUGGUCUGGCCCAGGAUGUCAUCAGCACCAUCGGACAAGCCUUUGACCUUCGCUUCCAGCAGUACCUGCAGUGUCCCUCAACCAAGCUGUCCUCCACACAUGACAGGGUAUUAAACAUGGAGGAAUUACCAUGGACAGAGGAAGAGGAGGAAUCAACAGAGCACCCUUACUAUAACAACAUCCCUGGUAAGAUGCCACCACCUGGCGGCUUCAUCGACACCCGGCUGACCAAUCAGAAUGCAGCCGAUGGAUGCCAGAUGGGCCCAGGCUCAGUCGAUCAGACAUAUUACCAAGGGCGGCACUGUGGAGAAAAUUGGGGAGAUGAGAGAAAGCCCAUCUUUAUACAACAGGGAUCAUUUGAUAUAAGCAAUCUGCCUGAGAGUAAAGGUCAGGCACCAAAAACAGGAGAGAUGCCCACAUAUGUGAACACCCAGCAGAUUGAUGCUCAGGUGCUGGCAGCACUCCAGGCAGAGGCAGAAAAUGUGACAAAAGGCAUGGCAGCUGCAGCCAAAGAAAGCCCACAGAAGGACCUGUUUGACAUGAAGCCCUUCGAGGAUGCCAUUCAGUCUCAGUCCCAUCCGCCGUCCCAGGGGCACGCCCAGUCCCAGGUAUCUAGUCUUCACAAGGCAGCAUCUGUGGACAACUCGAGCCCUCUUCUUGUGCGCUCGCUGGCCUUCCGGGCACAGGAGGAGCUGGAGGGCCAGACAUGGUACCACGGCAAAAUGAGCCGCCGCGAUGCUGAAAAACUGCUGAAAGAAGACGGGGACUUCCUGGUUCGUAAGAGCACUACCAACCCAGGGUCCUAUGUACUGACGGGCAUGCACAAUGGACUUGCCAAACACCUACUGCUGGUGGACCCUGAGGGCACGGUACGGACAAAAGAUCAUAUAUUUGACAGCAUUAGCCACCUUAUUGGCCAUCACCGUGACAACAAUCUGCCGAUUGUGUCAGCUGGGAGUGAACUGUGUCUCUUACAGCCAGUUGGAAGGAAACAGUGA